AUGACUAAAAAAGGAUUAGACAACUCAUUUCAAGAUGGGUACUCAUUAGUAUCAUCUAAUAGUAUAGAUAAUAAAGUUGAAUUUCAAAGAAAACAUCGUAAUUUAAAAGGAAUGGGAUGGAUUGUAACAUGUCUUUUUAUUGUUGGUGAAACAGCAGGUGGUGGUUUAAUAGCAAUGCCAACAGCAAUGGUAGCUUCUGGUUUUUUUGGUGGAACAUUUAUGAUAUUUAUUGGUGCAAUUGUAUGUUCAUAUUCUGGUAUACAACUUUCUGAAAAUUGGACAAUUCUUCAAGAAAGAUGGCCUGAAUAUAGAGAACAUUGUAGAAAACCAUAUCCAGCAAUGGGUUUACGUGCAUUUGGAAAAAAAUUUCAAUCUAUUGUUUCAUUUUGUUUAAAUUUUACACAAUUUGGUACUGCUGUAGUAUUUUUAUUGUUAGCAGCAAAAAAUAUUGAAAAUUUUUUAGCAGCAUAUGGUGAUAUUCAUGUUAAUUUUUGUUGGUUAGUAAUAUUUGUUGCCAUAUUUAUGUUACCAUUUACAUUAUUAAAAUCACCUAAAGAUUUUUGGUGGGCUGUUAUUGGUGCAAUGAUUACAACAACAAUUGCUGUAAUUUUAAUUAUUAUUGGUUCAAUUGAAGAUUACCAUACAUGUAAAUCAUUUAAUAAUUAUCCUCCAAUAUCAUAUUCCAAAUUUUUUAUGACUUUUGGUACUGUAAUGUUUGCAUAUGGUGGACAUGGUGCAUUUCCAACAAUUCAACAUGAUAUGAAAAAACCAUAUCAUUUUACACGCUCUGUUUUAUUAGCAUUUCUUAUUAUUGCUACUAUGUAUUUUCCAGUAUCAAUUAUGGGAUAUAUAAGUUAUGGUGACAGUUUACGAGAAUCAGUUAUUCCUUCACUUCAGAAUGUUGUUAUACAACAAGCUGUAAAUAUGUUUAUAACACUUCAUGUUAUAUUAGCAUUAACAAUUGUAUUUAAUCCUUUAAAUCAAGAAUUUGAAGAUUUAUUAAAUAUACCACAUGAAAUGGGUUAUAAAAGAGUUAUAACUAGAACAAUAAUGAUGAUUGCUGUAGUAUUUAUUGCUGAAACAGUGCCAAAUUUUGGAGUACUUCUUGAUUUUGUUGGUGGUUCAACGAUUACAUUAAUGGCUCUAAUUUUUCCAUUAAUUUUUAAUCUUUUUCUUUCUGCUGCAAAUAAAAAAUAUAAUGGAAAAAUGGCAUCAUUAGAGGAAAAACCUUUAACAAUAAAAGAAAUGAUUCAUUAUACACCAAAAAUAAAAUUAAUAAUUAAUAUUACCCUUAUAACAAUUGCAACAAUUGGAGGAUUUGCUGCAACAAUAUCAGCUUUUAGAAUUAUGAUUUCAUCUGAAUUUUCACCGCCAUGUUAUUCAAGUAUAUUUAGUUCACCAGUUGAAAAAGAAGCAAUUAUUGAAUCAUUUAAAGUUCAUGGAAUGUUUAAUUGUUGUGGAAUAAAUAAAAAUAUCACUAGAUUACAUGAUAUUUCUGUUUGUAGAGAUCCAUUUGCAAUUUCUAAUGGUGGAAGUCAUGGUUAA